AUGUCCACCAUCUGCAACCCGGAUUGGCGAAAUGCCACCUACAGCUUCUAUCGGUACGAACCAUCCGUAGCAGCAGCAGUCAUCUUCUGCUUGCUAUUUCUCGCCUCAUCACUUCUCCAUUUCUGGCAAAUGUAUCGCACAAAGUCUUGGUUCCUGGGCGCCCUGGUCGGUGGUUGUUUUACUGAAUUCAUCGGCUACGCUGCCCGGACUGCUUCUGCGCGACAAGAACCCGGCUGCUGGAAAAUGAUGCCGUACAUUAUCCAGAGCGUCUUCAUUCUCCUCAGCCCGGCAUUGUUCUCGGCUUCAAUCUACGUUAUCCUGGGCCGCAUUGUCAAGUUGACCGACGGAGAUGCCCAUGUCCUCAUCAAGAAUCGCUACAUUACAAAGACGUUUGUGACGGGUGAUUUGAUCUGCCUCUUCAUGCAAUGUGCUGCUGGCGGCUUGAUGGGAGGCUCUCGGGCGCUACCCGCCUUGUACAAGAUUGGCAAUGGUGUAGUCAUUGCCAGUCUGAUCCUCCAACUCAUAUGGUUUGCCUUUUUUGUCGUCGUUGCUUUUGCUUUCCAUCGACGAAUGGUCAUGGUGCCCACGGCUGCAGCACAACGGCCCGACGUCCGGUGGCAGAGCUAUCUCUAUACUCUGUACAUUGUCAGUUUCUUUGUCAUGGUACGCUCACUCUUUCGGGCGAUUGAGUUCAUCGAGGGCAGUACUGGUUAUCUGCAAAAGUCAGAGGCUCUCUUUUAUGUGUUUGACUCUCUUCUCAUGUUUCUUGCGGUUAUAUAUCUCCAUUGGAAACAUCCUAGUGAGAUGGGAGCUCUGCUUCGAGGCGAAGAGCCUUGCACGAAUGGUCUAAAGCUUAUCAGCAUCAAGUCCAUGAGUAAAGGACAGGAGUAUUCCAGUUGUUAA